AUGAGCUCCCAGAAAGGGAACGUGUCUCGUUCCAAGCCUCAGAGGCAUCAGAAUACUUUUAGCUUCAAAAAUGACAAGUUUGAUAAGAGUGUUCAGACCAAGAAAAUUAAUGCAAAACUUCAUGAUGGAGUAUGUCCGCCUUGUAAAGAAGUUCUUGAGUGGCGUAUAAAAUAUAGCAAGUACAAACCAUUAUCAAAGCCUAAAAACUGCUUCUCGUCUCUGUAA